CAUUAGAUUUUUUUCCAAAAAUGGCAGACUCUUCAGAACCCAGACAGCCAUCAGAGACGUCGGUUGAGGAAAAUAAGAAAGGGCUGAAGUAUCUGGAUUUCGUACAAGUGGCAGCGAUCUACAUCGUGGUAUGCUUCUCGAGUCUUUACGAGUACGCAAAAGAGAACGCCGGUCCGCUUAAACUGGGGGUUCAAACCGUCGAAGGCACUGUCAAAACCAUUAUCGGACCGGUCUACGAGAAGUUCCACGACGUUCCCUUGGAGCUCCUCAAGUUCGUCGAUCGCAAGGUUGACGAGUCCAUGGGCGAGUUGGACAAGCACAUACCUGCAUCACUGGUGAAGCAAGCAUCAAGCAAGGCCUUGAUAGUGGUUCACAAGGUGCCAGAGGUGGCUCUAGCUGUGGCUUCGGAGGUGCAGCGAGCUGGCGUGGUUGACACAACAAAAAGCGUCUCAAGGACCAUUUACACCAAGUAUGAGCCAACAGUUAAGGAACUAUACACAAGAUACGAGCCAGUGGCUGAGCAUUACGCUGUAUUGGCUUGGCACUCGUUGAAUUGGCUCCCACUGUUCCCUCCAGUGGCUCACAUAGUUAUCCCCAUGGCUUCUUACUGGUCUGACAAGUACAACCAGGUGGUUUGCCAUUCAGCACAGAGGGGAUGUGCUGUGGCAACAUAUCUGCAGUUGAUUCCCAAGGAGAAGAUAGUUAAGGUUUUUAAAGAGGCUGAUAGUGGGCCCUCUGUUACAACCAAUGGUGAAGCUAUUGCCGUGUCACAGUGA